AUGGAAUGGUUAGAGAUGGUAACACCUGAUGAAAUGGCACGGGUAUGUAGGAAGGCAAAUACACUGGAAGAGUUAGAGGCUACCGUGAGAAAGUACGUGGAGAGUAGAAUAAAAACAAAACAUACAUAUGAUCCAGUAUAUAGUGAAUGUGGUAGUAAGUCUAUUGUAAUAAUAGAUGGAGCAGAUGUAUGUACACAAUGUGGUACAAGUGAUAGGAACGGCUUCACAUACUAUGUUAGUUACAACCACAACAAGGACGACUACCUGAAAAAGAAGUCUUGUCAUAAUAGAGUCCGUUGGUUUGAGAGACACUUAUUCGAGAAUGUUGCUUCAGGGGAUAGGGAUACCAUAAGGGAGCAGUUUAGAAGCAUCGUAAGAUGUAUACAAAGACUUAGACUGCAAAGGGGACGCAACAUAGUUAGAUAUAAGUUUUACCUACUGAGGAUAGCCAGCAUGAACAACAUCACGCUGAGAAACCCUCCUGAGGACAUUAAGACUCAAAGAAUUGUGGACAUCCUUGAGAAUAGGUUAUACAGCAAAGUCUUCCCCGAGUUGGGAUGGAAACCUAUAAAUUGUAAAUAUUAUAAUAACUGGAAAUUAAAUAAAAAUAUAAAAUAA